UGCCAGUCAUACAAAUUCAAAUUUAAACGUUUAGGUAAACGACCGAAUGCAGUUGAAGUUUGUGUUUUAGUUGAUGUUUUAAGAUAUUCGUUUUGGCUAUCUCUUGGCAUUGAGAAUUGUCAGGUGUUCUAAACUAACCUACCAUGUCUGAAUUCCGGACGCCAGUGAAGGCGAAAGCAAUUGACAUCAAUGAGAAGAUCACGAUUCCUCCAUCACCUUUUCUCACCAGACUCGGCUAUGGCACAGGUAUAUCAGUAAUGGAGCUGGUGCGAUCUCCUAAAGGUGGUCAGUUCCGCUCACCCUGGGCUCUGAAGAUGCUUAACAAGCGAGUGAAACCCAACAAGGUAUAUACUGAGCGCCUGCAAGCUGAGGCAGAGCUCCUCCAGCGUAUGUCACAUCCUAACAUAGUGGGAUUCAGAGCGUUUAGCAAGGGGAAGAUUCUGUAUCUGGGCAUGGAAGCUUGCGAUCUGUCCCUGGGUGACAUGAUUGAGAAGAAAUUGGAUGAAGACUGUGAGCCUUUUGCACCUAAGAAAAUAUUGAAAGUUGUGUCAGACAUAAGUAAAGCUCUGGAGUACUUGCAUACAAAGAUGCAGAUUCUGCACGGGGACAUAAAGUCUUACAACAUCUUAGUGAAUGGCGACUUUAUGAUCUGCAAGCUUUGUGACUUUGGAGUCACCCUGCCAUUAGACCAGAAUGGAGUUGUUGAUAAGGAGAAAGCUGGAAAAGCUGUUUAUUUUGGCACUAUGGCGUGGAGCGCCCCGGAGGUGCUGAGCGGCGCGGAGACGGGCGGCGCGGCCGACGUGUGGGCGCUCGGCCUCACGCUGUGGGAGAUGCUGGCGCUGGCGCCGCCGCACGCGCGCGCCGACGACACGCUGCUCGACAUGAGCCUCGACAGCCUCGACGACGGCGACGGGGACGAAUUCAGCGACAGCUAUGGCACGCGGCCGGCCGUGCCCGGCGGCGUGUCGGCGCGCGCGUACGCGGGCGUGCUGGCGCUGUUCCACUGCUGCACGGAGGCCGCGCCCGCGCGCCGGCCCCGCGCGCGCCACCUGGCGCUGGCCGCCGACCACUUCCAGGCCGAGCUGCGCCGGCCGCACGCCAGCCCGCAGCGUGGCGACUCCCAUCUCAAUUAGGCUCCAGAAAGACGAUGCCCAUUGCUUUAGUGCUUCAAUUUUUAACCUACAUUGACAGAUCUAAAAAUACUGCUAUCCUUUUCCAUGUUUCAUUGGAUGUUAGUUAAGUGGUGUUCCUGGCGCGGAUGUUAUAAUCAUAAUCAUUUUUUGCAAAAAACAUGUGAAAUUAUAGAUGUUAAAAAAAUAUAUAUACGGAACGAUGUCGAACACUUCAGAUAUGAUUAAGUGUGUGAAAUUAUUUAGGAUUACCCGAUAGGCAGUGGCGUGCAUAGAGGGUAUGCAGAUGAUAUAAAAUAAAGAACAUCUCCAGUCAGACUUCUAAAAAACUUAAGGAUAGGCAAUGUAAGAGUUAUAAAAAGUCUACAAUUAAGUACUUAUAACUCCUAAUGAGGAUUUUCUUCAUUUUAUAUCAUCUGCAUAUCCUGUGCAUACCCUCUAUGCACGCCACUGCCGAUAGGUCUCCAUUACGGAUAUUAAAUUAACUUUCAAUAAAACGAAAAUACAAAUAAUGAUUGAGUUAAUUCUACGUCGUCAUUUGGCACUUCGAUUACUGAAAAAUACAAUGAGACCUUCUAAGUGAUAUAUCAGAUUCGAUUAGAGUUUUGGAAAGAUGUUAAUUUCGGAUAUAUCCAAUAGUUACAGUUUCGGUUACGGUGUUAACAUCCCUGCUUUUGGAGCAUAGAAGUUGCUAAUAUUUCAUUAGGUAAUUAACUAACGAACAAUUUCGUUAGGCUAAGUUUACUGAUAUAAGUUUAUUUUUACUUUGUAUUUUACUAACAAUUUAUGAUCCAAGUCAGUAAAGUAAAGGGGAUGCAUAAAUAUUUAUUUCGUUUCCUAUAACUUAAUUUAACUAGUAUAAUUUUAACUUAGCACAUAUUACAUUAAAAAUAAUUGGUUAUCAAUAUAAUGUAGUUUAUUUUGUACUUGCCAGAAAUUAUAUUGGCUGAUUGCAAAAUUUGGUGACAAGCUUUAAGUUAUUUAGAUUGAUUAAACAAAUAUAGAAUUUUACAACUUUAUGAAUUAAAACCUCAAUAGUUCACUCUAGGAAGCAGAGUUCCGAAAGGUUGACGGUACUACAAAUAUCACUGGACAAGCUUUAUCACAUAACAUGAUAUCCAUUCAAAAAAUAUCAUUAAAUAUGUCUCGUUUUCAGGAAAAUUGUAGUAAAUACUUUAUUGUAAAAUACUCUGUCGUAAGUAAAUAAAAGCAAAUGUUUAAAAGAACUAUAUUCAAGUAACAAAUAAAAAUUCAACAAUGUAGGUAGUUCUUACUAGCUAAAUACCUCUUGCUUCACUGCUAAGUACCUUCGAUUAAUAAUAUAUUGUGCAUUUCCAUAUCAAAAGAAAAAUUUCCUUGUACCUGUUUUCAGUUUAAUAUAAAUUACAUUAAUAUAUUUUGAUUAAAUAACAAUAUAUUUCUUGCUUAUUCCUAUGUUAAGCAGUUUGCUAGUGAGAAAACCAAUGAGAGCUACAUUGGUUUUCUCGUCUCUGAUUGUGGGUGGAUUUUUCACAAACACUUUGACAUCUAGUAUAUUAUUGAUUGAAGAUACUUACAUAUACCACAAUUGUAUAUAAAAUUGUGUUUUAUACAUUUACUACACUAUACAAUAUACAGCACAUACAUUAUGUAUACAAUAAGUACUAGUGAUGAGAAACAUUGUUCAAAAAUAUAGUUGUGUCGUGAUUUUAAUGUUAGUUUUCAAGUAAAGCAUUGUGUGGUAAAAUAACAUGAGCUCACCAUACAAAUUGCCUUUUUUACUCUCAAACCUUCAUCCAAGCUCUAUAGUUAAUAUCAGACAGUUUGAGAUUAUAGUUUCUUUACAGAUCAUAUAAUUAUGGCUAAGGUAGUGCAUAUACGCAAAAACAUUUAGACGUAAAUGUUAUAUCAAACGAAGGUCCAAUGUUGGUCUCAAUCUCUCUUACCAAAAAUAGUUCAGUCAUUUGGUGAUCAAAAAGGGAGUUAUCUAAUAGCGCCUAUGACUUACGGCGGAUCCACUAGCCACUGGUAAUGCCAUAGUGUGGAGACACUAUGUAAGGAAAAUAGAGCCGAACUUCUUAUUCUAUUUUCUAUUUGAGUUAAAAAGCAUAUGUAAAUACUAAUCUUUGUUUAUAAAAAAGAUUUAUCAUACCACACAUGUGAGUUUCGAUUUAACUACCAAAUGACUAGACUACAAGAGAAAAAUUAAAAGUUCAAAAAAAAGAAAGUCAAAA